AUGGCAGCGGCAGCUACCACGGCAGCGGCUCAGCCACCACGUGCGCUGCUGAGACUCUUGGGAUGCCACUGUGAUGAGCUGUUCCGAACCUUGACAGCUGCGCAGGGGACUUCAGAUAUCGAUCUCACCAACUGGCGAUGUUAUGACAGCGGCUAUGAGAAAGAGCUCAAGAGCUGCAGGUCGAAGUGCCCGGUCGAGGAAGACCCUGCCGAAGCCUUGGGCGCCGACGACGCCGAGGGCGGCACAUGCUUUGGAAGCACCGGACGAGACACGUGUCGUGCUGAUCAACUGACCGAUGAGUGGGGGUCUGAAAGAUACCUUCUCUAUGAUGUGAAGCCCGGCGAGGGCUUCAACCUGCAGCGGGAGGUGUUUCCUCGCGUGGGCUGGAUAGUGGCCCAGUUGAAUGCGCGGUGCAGUGGAGACCGCUGCCCUCGGUGGACUUUGGUGUUACCACCUUGGUGUAGGUUGGCUCAUUGGCGACGGGCAAGUGAAGAACACGUGCCCUGGGAACAUUUCUUCGAUGCAAAGGCCUUGCGCUCAACCAACAUCACGGUGCUGGAGUUCUAUGAAUUUGUGGCCAAAGCUGGAGGUCCCAAGGUGGACCUGGUGAUCAGCAGCACCACGGAAAGACAGUCCAGGAACCAAAUGAUGAGCAAACCUCGGAAGUCGGGUGGCUUUUACGGUUUCACCCGCACGCCCCAGCAAUGCUUUAGUGGCGGACGUGGCAGCUUGAAGCUGCCACGGCAGGAAUGGAUGCCAGAGGAGCUUCGCUGGCGUGUGACCUACUCCGGCAACUGCGCGGAGGGAGUGGCAGCCAUCGAUCACCGCUGCGCGGUCCUCGCCGACUCGUCUGCGCGUGAUUGGGUGGACCUGGUGCUAGCAUCCAUGAGGGAAGGUGCACGCUCGGUCUUGCUGAAGGCUGCAGAUGCGGUCUCACCACCCAACAAGGAGGAGUUGGAUCAAUUGGGUUUGCGUGAAGCCAUGCUGUUUGCCAAACCCAUCCGCGACAUGGGGGAGAGGUAUAUGCAAGAAGUGCUGCAGUCCAAACCCUUCCUGGCUGUCCACUGUCGCAGAACGGACUUCCUCCGAGCGCGCGAGGCGACGACGCCCUCGGUGGAGGCGGUGGCGGAGCAGUUGGAAUUGGCCUUGGCAGAUUUCGGGCUCCAGCAGGUCUACAUUGCCACCGAUGCCCCAGACGACCUCCGAGAGGUUCUCCGAUCUCAAGUGCGGACAGGCCGCAUUUUCUUCCUGGAGGAUCUCAAUGACUUGGGAGCAGCUGUUUGGAGGGUGAGCUUGCGGCCAUCGAGAUGUGGAUUGCUGCCAGGGCCACAGCCUUCAUUGGAACGCAGGAGUCUCGCUUUACCAUGCACAUCCAGACCGAGCGUAGUUGGCUGGGAAAGAGCGUUGAGACAUCCAAUCGUGAGCUUUGCAAGUCCUUGGCUUCGAGGCGUUGUUUGAGUCCGUACUACAAAUCCAUGGGUCGUCGAGGAUCUCAACACAAAGACUACUGGGAGCCGCUGAAAACUGCCUCAUGACUGGAGCCUAAGCCUAGGGG